AUGCCGCGACAGAGCACCGACGACAUCGAGCUAGGCCUUAUCAUCAACGCAGCCAGCCACGCCAAUGAAGCCAGCCCCACGUCCGAAAGCGAUCCCAUCGACCCCUGCCGUCUUCUCACCCUGCCCCUCGAGCUCAAAACCCAAAUCUACGGCUUCGUGCUCAUCCGCUCCAACAAGGUCACCUGGCAGGGGGAAUACAUGACCGAACCGUCGCCCUCGCACGCAAAAGCCCAGAGAUACAUCUGCAACGAGCCGCAAGACCCGGACCACCUCGACGCCGACGGCAACAUCUCCGCCCUGCUCCUCACCUGCCAAACCAUCAACCGCGAAGCCUCCGCCCCGUUCUACGGCGACAACGACUUCGUCUUCAAAUGCCGCACCCCAUCCCCCCGCCCCCGCCCCCGCCUCGCCAAUUUCCCCCCCUCCUCCUCUUCCAACCGCUCCCACACCCUCGCCUCCGGCCUCCCUCUCGCCUUCGCGAACCACGUCUUCCGAGCCAACGCCGAGCACGUCACCUUCGUCUGCGCCAAGCCGGAUCACCCACUCCAUAGCUGCGGGCUCGAGGGUGCGAUGCGCGAUGAUCGUGCCGGGGAGAUUGGGCGCAGCUGUCCGGCGCUCAAGGGACUGGUGAUGCACGAGCCGCCUGUCACGUUCUGGAUGAGGAGCCGGGCGGAGCGGUGGGGGUUGGGCUUUGUCGUGGCCGUUGUCCUAGCGUUGAUGUGUGGGGCCGUCGGGGUAGCGGUCUGGAUACUGGUGAUGGCUGUCUCGGGUGGACACGGUGCGUCCUCGCCUACGCACACGUGA